AUGAGCGACGGUAUUGAUAGCGACUACAGCGGGCCAGAAGAGAUUGAUGAAAGGGAUGUUAGGCCUAGAGGAUAUGACGUUGAGUUUUGGGAGCCACUAAUAGAUGGUGAUUUGGGAGGCAGCAACGCCGUGGAAGUUGUGUUUAACGAGAAAGAGGCAAACGGGGUUGAUAAGUCGUCGGAGGGUAGCAGAAGUGAGCCUGUCGGGGGAAGCAGCGGCGGUAGUGGUUUGAAGGGUGUCCCCGUGGAUGACUUCGCGUGGAUGGGUCGAACGAGUAUUGGUGGACGUACCAGCCGUGGUCGGGAGUCUGGUGGUCAAGAGCCGAGUAGCCGCAAGCUGGCAGAUGUGGAUGACGAAGAGUUUGACAUUCCACCUUUGUAUGAUGACACGGUGUACGAAGCUGCCGAAAUCCCAGGGUUAGAUGUCGAAGAGGCUGAUGGUGUUGUUCAUUUUGGGAAGGUGUAUGGUAGUAAAGUCGAUUGUCAGAUUGCUUUGGCCAUUUACGCUAUUAAAGGGCAGUUUCAGUUCAAACAGACGAGGACAAAGGUUGACUCGUUUGUGUGCGAGUGUCCUGAUGAUCGUUGUGACUGGAGAGUCACAGCUCAUGAGAUACGGGGUUGUGGUUACUAUGAAAUUAGGAAAGCUCAGCUGGAUCAUUCUUGUCCUAUCGAGAGUAGGAAUGGGUAUGGCAGUAGGGGAACUGCUAGGGUUAUCGCAGCAGUGUACAAGGCAAAAUUUAAGGAUCCUUCAAAAGGGCCAAAGGUGGUUAAAAUACAAAGGCUCUUGAUGGAGGAUCUUAGGCUGUCGGUAUCAUACAUGAAGUGUUACAGAGCCAAAGAGCAAGCAAUGUUUGAGUUGAGGGGACCAGAUGACGACUCGUAUAUGAAGCUGGCUGAGUAUUUUUAUAUGCUGAAACUUGCUAAUCCCGGGACGAUAGCUGAUAUUGAGACAGAGGUGGACGACGAGGGGGUCCAGAAGCUGAGGCAUGUGUUGGUUGUAGACGGCACACAUCUAAGUGGGAAGUACAAGGGAGUGUUGCUUACAGCAAGCGGACAAGAUGGCAAUUUCCAAGUGUUUCCUAUGGCAUUUGCAAUAGUAGACAAUGAGGAUACUGAGGCAUGGACGUGGUUUCUGCAGAAGGUUGAGAGGCUAUUGGCAGAUUCGAGCAACCUUGCUAUAAUAUCAGACAGGGCCAAUUCAAUUGCCAACGCGGUCAGCUGUGUGUAUCCACAAGCCCAUCAUGGGUUUUGUAUCGUCCAUUUGGCCAGGAACGUGAAGGCUAGGUUUUCUAGUAAGGGGUUAGCGAGGCUGGUGACUGCGGCUGCGACUGCGCAUAGGAUGAGGGAUUACAAAAACUUCUGUGACAAGAUCAGGGCGUCAAACAACGAAUGUGGGGUCUAUUUGGGGAAGAUAGGGUCUGCACGUUGGUCUAGAACGUACUUUGGGGGGCAGAGGUAUAAUAUAAUGACUAAUAACAUAGCUGAACAGCUUAACAACGCGUUGGUAGAGGGUAGGUCGUCCCCAAUAAUUGAGUUGGUGAUGUCCAUACAAGGAAUGAUGACAAGGUGGUUCAGUGCAAGACGUAAGAAGGCCAAUAAGCUUCGGGGUUUGAUGACAAUAGAAGUCGAUAAAUUGAUGACGAAGACCAUGGCGAUGUUUAGGGGCAGCAAGGUUAACUCUAUUUCUAGCUGGAGCUGCCAAGUUGUUGGGAAGUUUGGUUGUUCUGAGAGUGUUCAGUUGGAGCAGAAGAAGUGUACUUGCAAGUACUUUAACAACAUGAAGAUACCAUGUGGACAUGCCAUGAUUGCAGCCGACAACAUAGGGCUCGCAUAUGAAACUAUGGUAGGACAUUGGUACAAGACGGUGGCGUGGAGGAAAACCUACGCAGGUAUUAUUAGGCAAAUUGACGACCCUAGGGACGAAGAUAUUCCAGACGAUAUCAGGGAUGCAACGUUAAUGCCACCAUUGACUAAGAGGCCACCAGGAAGGCGUAGGACCAAACGAUUCCCCUCGACAGGGGAGAUGCUGGGUGCUAAGAAGAAGACUGUGCCUAAUAAAUGUGGGAGGUGCAGGGUAGAAGGACACAACCGGACUAAUUGCACUGCUCCGAUAUGA